GCGCAUGACCCUUUAGCCUUGCCGUAGUGUUGUGUUAGAUCUAGCGCGAAAUUUAAUCCAGCUGGAGUAAACCUGAAUGUAAUCUGGUUGCAGUUGCGUGAUAAACCCUUUUUAGUCUUCCACAGGGCAAACAUCAGCUUAGUUGUGUGUCAAAUCAGGAUCUUACUAUUAAUUUUAUAUUAUAGUAAGACGGCAGCUCAGACAUGAGCGUCUUCGCUCUUGAAAGAGCUGCCAGCGGUGUUAGCUGUUCCUGGGUAACUAGGGGCUAAACACUAGCAAGACUGAGGCAACGAGUGUCAAACGAGAAGUCAAAGAAAAUGAGGAGGAGUCUCGCCCCCAGUCAGGUUGCUAAACGGAAGCAAGGGGGGGAUUCUGGUGAGGAAGAAGACUCGAGAGGUGGAGAUGAGAAAAGAAGAAAAUGUGACAAUGAGAUGAGAGAAAACCACAUUUCUCCCUUCAGAAAGCCACUGACACAGCUCAGCAACUGGCCUGCAUGCAUGGAUGGUGACAAGCAUGAGGAGUUCAUUCGAAAGAUCCUCUCCAAGCCAUUUAAAAUUCCGAUUCCGAAUUACACAGGUUCGUUGGGAAUCAGGGCACUCGGUCUAAAGCGUGCAGGAGUACGGAAAGCACUUCAUGAUCCCUUCGCAGAAGAUGCCCUGGUUCUCUAUGAGCCCCCAGCUCUGAGCGCCCAUGACCUGAUCAAAGCUGACAAAGAAAAACUACCAGUCCAUGUUGUUGUGGAUCCAGUUUUAGGAAAAGUGCUCAGACCCCAUCAGAGAGAGGGAGUGAAGUUCCUGUGGGAAUGUGUCACGGGGCGACACAUCCCAGGAUCAUACGGCUGCAUCAUGGCUGAUGAGAUGGGCCUGGGAAAGACUCUGCAGUGCAUCACCCUUAUGUGGACCCUGCUGCGUCAAAGUCCUGAUGCUAAGCCAGAGAUAGACAAGGCCAUUGUGGUUUCACCUUCCAGUCUGGUUAGAAACUGGUACAGUGAAGUAGGAAAGUGGCUGGGAGGACGUGUCACACCGCUGGCCAUCGAUGGAGGUUCAAAGGAUGAGAUCGACAAACAGCUGGUGAACUUCAUCUCUCAGCAUGGUUUGAGAGUACCAACCCCAGUCCUGAUCAUUUCAUACGAGACGUUUCGUCUGCAUGCUGAGGUUCUGCACAGGGGCAAAGUUGGACUUGUCAUUUGUGACGAGGGCCAUCGGCUGAAGAACUCUGACAACCAGACAUACCAGGCCCUAAACGCCAUGAGAGCCCAGAGGAGAGUGCUGAUAUCAGGCACUCCCAUCCAGAAUGACCUGCUGGAGUACUUCAGCCUGGUCCACUUUGUUAAUGCUGGGAUCCUUGGUACAGCCCAGGAGUUUAAAAAGCGAUUUGAGCUUCCCAUCCUCAAGGGUCGAGAUGCAGAUGCCAGUGAUAAGGACAGACAAGCUGGAGAGGAGAAACUCAAGGAACUGAUCAGCAUUGUCAACAGCUGCAGGCUGACUCCUUUGCAGACCGAGCUCUAUAAGUGCUUCCUGAGGCAAGCCAAACCCAUUGAGAAAUUACAAGAGAGCAAAAUAAGUGUCUCCUCUCUGUCUUCCAUUACAUCACUCAAGAAACUGUGCAAUCACCCAGCGCUCAUCUAUGAGAAGUGUGUGGAAGGUGAGGAGGGCUUUAAGGGAACUCUGGAUCUGUUCCCAUCCGGAUACAGCACUAAAACUGUGGAGCCUCAGCUCUCAGGAAAAAUGUUGGUCCUGGAUUACAUCCUGGCAAUGACAAGGACUACAUCUAGUGACAAGGUGGUACUCGUCUCCAACUACACUCAAACACUGGACUUGUUUGAAAAGCUAUGCAGAUCUAGAAGAUACCUCUAUGUUCGACUGGAUGGCACCAUGUCCAUUAAGAAAAGGGCUAAGAUUGUGGAAAGAUUCAACAGUCCAUCUAACCCAGAGUUCAUCUUCAUGCUGAGCAGCAAGGCUGGUGGAUGUGGCCUCAAUCUAAUCGGUGCUAAUCGUUUGGUAAUGUUUGACCCUGACUGGAAUCCAGCCAACGAUGAGCAGGCAAUGGCACGGGUGUGGAGAGAUGGCCAGAAGAAGACCUGCUACAUCUACAGACUGCUCUCCACGGGGACGAUCGAGGAGAAGAUUCUGCAGAGGCAGGCUCAUAAGAAAGCCCUGAGUAGCUGUGUGGUGGAUGAGGAGCAGGAUGUGGAGCGUCACUUCUCUCUGGGUGAACUGCGAGAACUCUUCACUCUCAAUGUGGAGACCAGGAGUGACACGCAUGACAAAUUUCGCUGUCGCCGCUGUGUGAAUGGCAGAGAGGUUCGACCUCCUGCAGAGGACUCUGACUGUACCAGUGACCUUUCCCAGUGGAACCACUGCUUUGACAAAAAGGGCCUGAGGGACCAAGUGUUGAAAGCCUCAUGGGACGCUGCUGUCUCCUUCGUCUUCCACCAGCGUUCUCAUGAGGACCAGAGGGGUGUCAUAUAGUUGGAGGAGGACAACGGACUUAAACAUAACGUGUGUGUGUGUGUGUGUGUGUGUGUGUGUGUGUGUGUGUGUGUGUGUGUGUGUGUGUGUAUAUAAUAAAUAUAUACAUGUUAACUCGUGGAUUUGCCUGUUGUGACAAAGUCAUCUUCAAGAGUACUUCGCUUGGUGGUGCAGUACACGCACAUUGCGUGGAGGCAGAAGGGAACUGUUGUCAGUGCUACAGUCAGAGCUGAUUUACCUCUUGACUGCUUCUUAGUGUGGAAACACAUUGCAUUCACCAAAUUAAAACAAACUGGAUCUUGUACCAUAAUUAUGACUUACUAUCUCAUAAUUACAAGAAAUGU